UAUAAUUACUUAUUGCUCACAUAUUAAACUGAUAAUAUUUUGGAUAUAUUGGGUAAGUUAAAUUGUUACAAUCAACUCCACCUUUUUCUUGUUUCUUUUUAAAGUUGGCUACUAGAAAAUUCAAAAUUCACAUGUGGCUUAUAUUUUAUUUCAGAGGAUUGCCUUUUAAAAAAAAUCUCAGGCUGCUUGCUCAAAUGCCAGAAGCCAGGAAGAUCAUAAAAACUGAAAUUUUAAAAUUAUUGUUAUUAUAUAUUUUUCAUUUGUGAAUAGCCGUAUAGUAUGUUAUUUAUAAAUACAUGAAACCUCAUACACGAGGUUAAAUGCAAAUACCCUCCGGGGUGGGCUAAGCUCAGGGAGGAAGCCCUGCCUGAAAACGCUGCAGCUUAGGCUGUCACUCUUUCUUCAUUCCGUCCAGCGUUUGGUCAGGUCUUCUGUCACUUAAGGCCUGAAGGGGCUGGGCCUUAGACGUUUUCCAACCAGGGACGCUGAGCUGGGGACCGUCCAAUCAGGCACGCAGCUGGAGCGGACAGGGCGGCUUCCGGGAUUUGGCGGGGCCUUUGUCUCUCGCUGCAGCUGGAGCGCUUGGUCUCGUCUUCCCUGCUUUGUGUCCCCUGCUCCUAGAGGCCCAGCCUCUGUGGCCCUGUGACCUGCAAGCAUUGGGAGAUCCACAGCUAAGACGCCAGGGCCUCCCCUGGAAGCUUAGAAAUGGGACCACUGACAUUUAUGGAUGUGGCCAUAGAAUUCUCUGUGGAGGAGUGGCAAUGCCUGGACACUGCACAGCAGAAUUUAUAUAGGAACGUGAUGUUAGAGAACUACAGAAACCUGGUCUUCCUGGGUAUUGCUGUCUCUAAGCCAGACCUGAUCACCUGUCUGGAGCAAGGCAAAGAGCCCUGGAAUAUGGAGAGACAUGAGAUGGUGGCCAAACCCCCAGGUAUGUGUUGUUAUUUUGCCCAAGACCUUUGGCCAGAGCAGAGCAUAAAAGCUUCUUUGCAAAGAAUAAUACUGAGAAAAUAUGAAAAAUGUGGACAUCACAAUUUACAGUUUAAAAAAGGCUAUAAAAGUGUGGAUGAGUAUAAGGUGCACAAAGGAAGUUAUAAUGGAUUUAACCAGUGUUUGACAACUACCCAGAGCAAAAUAUUUCAAUGUGAUAAAUAUGUGAAAGACUUUCAUAAAUUUUCAAAUUCAAAUAGACAUAAGACUGAAAAGAAUCCUUUCAAAUGUAAAGAAUGUGGCAAGUCAUUUUGUGUUCUUUCACACCUAACUCAACAUAAAAGAAUUCACACUACUGUCAAUUCCUACAAACUUGAAGAAUGUGGCAAGGCCUUUAAUGUGUCCUCAACCCUUUCUCAACAUAAGAGAAUUCAUACAGGACAAAAACACUACAAAUGUGAAGAAUGUGGCAUAGCCUUUAACAAGUCCUCACACCUUAACACACAUAAGAUAAUUCAUACUGGAGAGAAAUCCUACAAACGUGAAGAAUGUGGAAAAGCUUUUAACAUAUCCUCACACCUUACUACACAUAAGAUAAUUCAUACUGGAGAGAAUGCCUACAAAUGUAAAGAAUGUGGCAAAGCUUUUAACCAAUCGUCAACCCUUACUAGACAUAAGAUAAUUCAUGCUGGAGAGAAGCCCUACAUAUGUGAACAUUGUGGCAGAGCUUUUAACCAAUCCUCGAACCUUACUAAACAUAAGAGAAUUCAUACUGGUGAUAAACCUUAUAAAUGUGAAGAAUGUGGCAAAGCCUUUAAUGUGUCCUCAACCCUUACUCAACAUAAGAGAAUUCAUACUGGAGAGAAACCUUACAAAUGUGAAGAAUGUGGCAAAGCCUUUAACGUGUCCUCAACUCUUACUCAACAUAAGAGAAUUCAUACUGGAGAAAAACCAUACAAAUGUGAAGAAUGUGGCAAAGCCUUUAACACAUCCUCACACCUCACCACACAUAAAAGAAUUCAUACCGGAGAGAAACCCUACAAAUGUGAAGAAUGUGGCAAAGCCUUUAACCAGUUCUCACAACUUACUACACAUAAGAUAAUUCAUACUGGAGAGAAACCCUACAAAUGUAAAGAAUGUGGCAAAGCUUUUAAGCGGUCCUCAAACCUUACUGAACAUAGGAUAAUUCAUACUGGAGAGAAACCCUACAAAUGUGAAGAAUGUGGCAAAGCUUUUAACCUGUCCUCACACCUUACAACACAUAAGAAAAUUCAUACUGGAGAGAAACCCUACAAAUGUAAAGAAUGUGGCAAAGCUUUUAACCAAUCCUCGACACUUGCUAGACAUAAGAUAAUUCAUGCUGGAGAGAAACCCUACAAAUGUGAAGAAUGUGGCAAAGCUUUUUACCAAUACUCAAACCUUACUCAACAUAAGAUAAUUCAUACUGGAGAGAAACCCUACAAAUGUGAAGAAUGUGGCAAAGCCUUUAAUUGGUCCUCAACUCUGACUAAACAUAAGGUAAUUCAUACUGGAGAGAAACCCUACAAAUGUAAAGAAUGUGGCAAAGCUUUUAACCAAUGCUCAAACCUUACUACACACAAGAAAAUUCAUGCUGUAGAAAAAUCUGACAAAUAAGAAAAAUGGACCAGGCUUGGUGGCUCACACCUGUAAUCCCAGCACUUUGGGAGGCCAAGGCGGGUGGAUCACAAGAUCAAGAGAUUGAGACCAUCCUGGCCAACGAAGAGAAUUACUAGAGAGAAACCGUACAAACCUGAAAGAUAUAACAGUGCAGUUGACAACACCUCUACAUUUCUAAACACCUUUAAAUGGUUGUCAUACUUGAUUGUAGGUAAAAUAUAGUAGAGGAAACCUCUACAAGUGUGAAGAAUGUGGCAAAACUUUUUACCAAUGCUGACACUUUAUUGGACAGGAAAUGAUGUAUACUUGAGAAAAAUUAUGCAAAUGUAAAGAAUGUGAAGAAGCCAUUAAUAUCUGUUCACAUCUUAUUCAAUAUCAGAGAGUUCAUACUUAAUAGAAGCAUUAAAGAUGAAAUUACUGUCAAUAGAUUUUUUCAGAAAAUAUAAGCCUUUAAAGUGAAGAAGAGUAUUUAUUUUGAAGACAAGCAUUAAAAUAUCAAGAGUGUAAGCUGGGCAUGGUGGCUCAGGCCUGUAAUUUCAGCACUUUGGAGGCCAAGGCAGGUGGUUUACUUGAGGUCAGAAGUUCAAGACCAGCCUGGCCAACAUGGUGAAACUCCAUCUCUACCCAAAAUACAAAAAUUAGGUGGGUGUGGUAGUGCCUGACUAAUCCCAGCUACUCGGUGGUUGAGACAGGAGAAUCGCCUGAACCUGGGAGGCAGAGGUUGCAGUGAGCUGAGUUUGUGCCACCACACUCCAGCCUGGACACUCCAGCUGCACUCCAUCUCAAAGAAAAAAAAAAAAACUAAUAUGAAGAGUGUUGUGGUACCAUUACUUGUAUUACAGAUCUUAUUUUACACAUUUUGUUCUAGAGGAAAACCCUGAAGUAGUUGCUCCAGCUUUCUUCAACAUCAGAUAAUUUAUCUUGAAGAAAAUCUCUGCAAAGGUAGUAAAUUUGGAAAAACAUUUUUUUACAAACUACAGCCUAGGAAACACCAGAGAGUUCAUACUAAAAUAUGUUUUUGCAGAUGCAGUAAUAUAAAAAAUUAUUUGAAAAAAUUAAGUCUGUAAAUGUCAAUUCAGAGUAGAUAUAUCUAAGCAACUGACACUUCAGACAGUACACUAAAUCAGAGGGCUGAGUUUAGAAAAUAAUUGAGAACUGAAGUUUGUACAUAAAUAUUUUGUAUAUAACUUUAAAAAGUGUAUAAGAUAUUUUGGAGAGUUAUUACAUUCAAAUUACGUGUUUUUUUUUUUUUUUUUUUGAGAUGGAGUCUUGUUCCCAUCGUGCAGGAUGGAGUGCAGUGGUGCUAUCUCAGCUCACUGCAACCUCCACCUCCCAGGUUCAGGUGAUUCUCCUGCCUCAGCCUUCUGAGUAGCUGGGAUUACAGGCGUGCACCACCAUGCCUUGCUAAUUUUUAGUAUUUUUAGUAGAGACAGGGUUUCACCAUGUUGGCCAGGCUUUACUUUUGUUUUUUGUUUUUUGUUUUUUUUUUAGACAAAGUCUUGCUCUGUCACCCAGGUUGGAGUGCAGCCUCCGCCUCCCAGUUGAAGUGACUCUCCUGCUUCAGCCUCCCAAGUAGCUGGGAUGACAGGCAUGAGCUACCAUGCCUGGCUAAUUUUUGUAUUUUUAGUAGAGAUGGGGUCUUGGCCAUUAGGCAGGUUGUCUUGAACCCCUGACCUCAGGUGAUCCACCUGGCUCAGCCUCCCAAAGUGCUGGGAUUACAGGCGUGAGCCACUGUGUCCACCAAAGUAUACUUUUUUCUUGAAAAAAUUUUAUAGACUUUUUAAAUACGUGAAUAAUGAUGUAAUUCAACUCUCAAAUUCAUGCUGUUUCUUUAUUCCUAUUGUAUUCACAUGUGAAAGUAUGUGAUGAAUUGUUCCUGCAUGAAAGAUAUGAGAGAUUCUUUUUUAUUAGGUGGGCGUUAUAUAUUCUCUCUUCUAUGAAAGAGUAAAGACAUUAAAAUGUAAGAUGUAUGAUGAAAAUCUAAGUAGGGAUGCUCUUUGUGAUUAACUUAUAAUAUUGAGCAAUGCAUGAAGUAGGUGUUCAGUAUAAUACUCUACAUUAUGAGAGAAAAAUAUUUUUAAUUUUAGUUAAAAUUUAAUAGUGUAUUAUUUUACUAAUUGUACUUUUAUGUGAUACAAUCCAGUACAUUUUAAAACUUUGAAAUUAUGUGUAGACUUAACUUUUUAAUUUAACAUUUUUAACACGUUAAAUACUAUUGUGCAUUCAAUGAAGCAUUAUUUUGCCGCUAACCUUAACCCAUUCCACCUUAGAGUGUAGGUAAAAGAUGGUAACAAUAUAUUAUUUGUUAACAUAAUAAAGUAGUAUUUGUAGUAA